AAAUUCAUUAAACCCUUACCCACAAAUACCCGGUUCAGUGCACAAAACAUGGCCUAAAAAAUCACUCUCAAACAUUCCAAAACCGCCAUGUUUCAAACCCUACCAAAACCCUGAACAAAAAUCUCACACAUUUUUCUUCAUCCUGCAAAUCAAGCCAAUUAAUUUCUCUCCUUAAAACAAAACCCUUAAUUCAAUUAAUUCAAAAACCCACUUUCAAUUCACUCAAAAAUUGUAAAACAACAACAAAAAAAAAAGCUUCAUUUGUAACAAUGGCGGCUGCAAAAGCUUGUGCAGCCGGGCUAAUUUCAGCUGUAGCCGCUGCAACUAUGGGUGUUGAACACGCUUAUGCUGAUUCCCCUUUAAAGUUCUCUCCUUUCUCUUCUUCUCCGGCGCCAUCAGCCGGAAAUGCGCCGGCUCAAGCCGCCGGAAAUGCGGUGGCUGAAAAUACGGCGCCGUCGGAGCCGAGUGAGCCGCCUAAGCCGAGAAAUGAUAACCCAAGAACUACUUCAUCUGGGUUCGAUCCUGAGGCAUUGGAAAGAGGUGCUAAAGCUGUGGAAAGGAUUAAGAACUCUAAGCGUCCUAAUGAGGUGUUUAAGAUAAUAUUGGAGCAGGAAAAAACCAAGCAGACUGAAACGGCGGCGAAGGCGGAUGAGUUUAAGGCAAUGAAAGCUCAAGCUGAGGCAGAGAAGCAGAGGGUGUUGUAUGAAGAACAGAAGAAACUAAAUCAGAUUCAAGCGGAAAUUAAAGCCAAGAUGGCAAAAUAUGAAGAUGACUUGGCUAGAAAAAGGAUGGUGGCAGAGCAUGAAUAUCAAAGAACGAGAAAUCAGGAGCUUGUAGAUCUGCAAGAAAAGUCUGCUUUAAGACAAAAUGAUGCUAAGCGAGCAACAGAAGAGCAGAUACAAGCUCAGCGACGUCAAACUGAAAGAGAGAAGGCUGAAAUUGAACGUGAAACCAUUAAAGUGAGAGCAUUGGCGGAAGCAGAAGGGAGAGCCCAUGAAGCAAAGUUGUCGGAAGAAAUUAAUAGACGUAUGCUUGGGGACCGGACAAAAGCUGAAACAGAGAAAUGGGUUUCAGCCAUAAACACCACUUUUGAACAUAUUGGAGGAGGUUUGCGAACUAUAUUAACGGAUCAAAAUAAGCUUGUUGUAGCUGUUGGUGGGGUCACUGCUCUUGCGGCAGGCAUAUAUACCACAAGAGAAGGAGCUAAAGUAGUGUGGAGCUACAUAGACAGGAUACUGGGACAACCUUCUUUGAUUAGAGAAUCCUCGAGAGGAAAAUAUCCAUGGUCUGGUGCUGCUUCUCGUGCCAUGAGUACACUCCGUGGUUCUAAUGGAGGGACUGUUUCCACGAACGGAAAUGGUUUUGGAGAUGUUAUUUUACAUCCCUCACUUCAGAAGAGAAUCCAGCAGCUAGCUUCUGCAACGGCAAAUACAAAAGCUCAUCAAGCACCAUUCCGUAAUAUGCUUUUCUAUGGCCCUCCAGGGACAGGGAAAACAAUGGCUGCACGAGAGCUAGCUCAGAAAUCUGGCUUGGACUAUGCAUUGAUGACAGGAGGAGAUGUGGCACCACUAGGUGCACAAGCAGUUACAAAGAUACACCAGUUGUUUGACUGGGCAAAGAAGUCAAAUAGGGGUCUGCUGUUAUUUAUUGAUGAAGCUGAUGCGUUCCUUUGCGAGCGAAACAAAACGUAUAUGAGUGAAGCUCAAAGGAGUGCACUAAAUGCGCUCCUAUUCCGAACAGGUGACCAGUCUAAGGAUAUAGUCCUAGCUCUUGCGACAAACCGUCCUGGAGAUCUUGAUUCAGCAGUAGCUGAUCGUAUUGAUGAAGUACUGGAGUUCCCAUUGCCGGGGGAGGAUGAAAGAUAUAAACUACUGAAACUUUAUCUUGAUAAGUAUAUAGCCCAAGCUGGAUCAAGAAAACCUGGGCUAUUUUCAAAUCUGUUUAAGAAACAACAGCAGAAAAUAGAAAUAAAAGGAUUAACUGAUGACCUUUUCAGAGAGGCUGCAGCUAAAACCCAAGGAUUUUCAGGUAGAGAGAUUGCAAAGCUAAUGGCAAGUGUUCAAGCAGCUGUCUAUGGCAGUGAAAAUUGCAUCCUUGAUCCUCAAUUGUUUCGCGAGGUUGUUGAUUACAAGGUUGCUGAACAUCAACAGAGAAGGAAGUUGGCUGGGAUUGAUGACAGUAGCGCACUGAAAUCAUAGACGGCUAUCAGUAGUAUUGGUGUAGCAAUCUUGUCUUACUCUUCUCGUAUUUUUUCUUCUUUUAUCUUUGCUGGGUCUUCCUGUUUUUAGGGCUGUGAAGGCGGGUAGGAUUAUCAUGGGAAGAUUUAAUCUUUUCUUUGCUGGUUACAUUGAUGUUUGUCAAUAUAAUACCCCAAUUAGUGGGAAAUUUUUGGCAUAUUUUUACAUCACAGUUCAGGCAAAUGAAGUCUGCCAUAGCUCCCAAGUUCAUUGUUUCAUCUGAUGUAUUUUACAUGGUGGUGCUCAUUUACCACUUUGUACAAUAAAAUCUUUAUAUAGAGAAUCUUGAUUCGGGUGUGAAA